AUUUUCAAAUUGAAAUAUUCUAAUUGAGGUGCAUGUACUAAAAAGUGUUACGGUUUCGUUACGAAUGAACUCAGUUGGGUGUGAUCUUAUACCUACUCGUACGUGUGAGGUGAAAUAUCGUGCACCUGUAACCGAAAAAAAAGUAUAAUAAGUUGCUUAUUAAUUCGUUUGUGACUAGUUUUCGAAAUCGAGUUGAAAAUAUGGGCAGAUUGAGUAAAAUGAGCCUAUGGAUGGAGGACAACUUGAUGUACGGUAUGACCCCCAAGACGCUGAAGAAGUGUCCUGCGUUAUGGCCUAUGUACGGUAUCAUGGGCGUAGGAGUACUUUGGUGUGUCGUCUUCAGCGCUCGUACUUUCUUCUUCAAUCCCGAUGGUUUGAAUCCAAUCACUGGUAAACAUAAUUGGGACCGUUAUCGCGAUGGAACAGAAUUCAAACUAAUUAGCUUCAGCAAACAGAUUAUACCUUGUCAAGCACCGGAAUACAGAAUGCCUGGUGAUCCUUCUGAUGAUUCUUAUGCGACCAAGAGUUUUGCGAAAUGAAUAUUUUGAAUAGUGUUUGAGGUUUUGAGGAGUACAUGGAACGUGUGUUUGUGAAUUUUGUCAAUUGUUUUAUUAGUGAUUAUCGAGUUUAAACUUUAAUGCGAAUUUUAUUGAAUAUAUUUCUUAAAUUAGA